CUUCAUCUCUUUUUAGUUCUAAGAAAAAGAUGGAGAGAAAGUUGAGAUAGGUGAUCUACAUUGUAAAAGGACGGGACACAUAUAUCAUAUGUGUCAUCAUAUUAUGUCAGCCAUGUGAGAUAUCAGGUGAUUCACGUGACAGGUGAUUGAUAAAUGGCUGAUGAGACAGAAAAAGAAGAGCAAAGAAUUACUAAGAACUACUAAGUAUGUUGUUUGGAGCGCGCAAUUUAACUACGUUAGUGCUAAAUGACGUAGCGUUCCCAGAUAAAAAUGAAUGACAGUGCGCUAGAUAAAGAUAAAAGCACUGUUACAAAUUCGUAAACACCGAUAUUACAUAAUUGUUUUUAUCGCUCCAAGCUCGAAAAAUAAAUAAUGUAGAGAAGGAAAGAUUAAGGAUAAUCAAGGAUAUAACGUUGAUUAGUGGAGUGUGGACACGCAUAAUAAAGAUCUCAAGGAGAGAUUGGAGGUACAAAUUCCAGCCAGUGAAAUCAUUAGCAGCAUCAUUAUAAACCCCCCCUCCAUCAAUCAGUGAGUGGACGACAUAACGUUUCUAUUUUUCUCUCCGUUUCUCUUUGAAAUCUUGUCUUUGGAGCUGUUGAUCGUACAAAUGUUUCGAAGAUGCAAUCUUGUCAACCAGCUUCGCGGUGCAGCGAGAACAUCGACGGAAGCUGCUGCAGUCGAGGAGAUGCCAUCUCGGUUGCAGCAGCUCCGAGCGAAAUUACGGGAAGAUGAGCAUGAAAUACUCACAGAUACAUUCGGGCGCAAACAUACGUAUCUUAGGAUUUCUCUCACGGAACGUUGUAACCUUCGCUGUACGUAUUGUAUGCCUGCAGAAGGUGUGAAAUUAACUAAGAAGGAAGGUAUUCUGAGAACAAAUGAAAUAAUACAAAUAGCUGAUCUUUUUGUCAAAGAAGGAGUGCGUAAAAUACGUUUGACCGGCGGCGAACCCACAAUUCGUAAAGAUAUCAUUGACAUCGUCGGACAACUGAAGCAAUUGAGAGAUUUGGAUCAGGUUGCGAUUACAACCAAUGGAUUAACUCUAACGCGUCAAUUGCCAGCUCUUCAAAAAGCAGGAUUGGAUGCACUCAAUAUAUCAUUAGAUACUUUGAAAGAGGAGCGUUUUGAAUUGUUUACUCGUAGACGAGGCUGGGCAAAAGUUAUGGCUUCCAUAGAUCUUGCUGUUCAGCUUGGCUAUAAUCCUGUGAAAAUCAACUGCGUGAUGAUGCGAGGCCGCAACGACGAUGAAAUAAUUGAUUUUAUCGAUUUUACAAAAGACCGGCCUGUCGAUGUCCGUUUUAUAGAAUAUAUGCCGUUUCAAGGAAACCAAUGGAAAGAAAAUAAGAUGGUUUCUUUCAAUGAGAUGAAAGCAAUAAUCCGAGAGAAAUAUCCCGAUUUCCAAGCUCUGCCAAAUCAGCCUAAUGAUACGUCCAAGGCUUACCAUGUGCCAGGAUUCACAGGACAAAUUGGAUUCAUUACAUCCAUGAGUCAACAUUUUUGUGAUUCGUGUAAUCGUUUAAGAAUAACAGCAGAUGGAAAUUUGAAAGUGUGCCUAUUUGAAGGAAAAGGCGAAGUCUCGCUUCGAGACGCUUUGCGAAGUGGAAUUUCGGAAAAUGAACUUAAGGAUUUGAUAAGAAGAGCAAUAUCACGAAAAAAGAAACAACAUGCAGCAAAAAAAAAUCGCAAGGAGAAAUUUCUUUGCAAAAUGAGUAAUACCAUAUCGAUGCAGUACAAAUAUUUUCCAUAUAUUUCUAAGUAUCUUAAGAGUAAUGCAAGUAUUAGAAUGUAUUCGUCGUUAUCACAUAUAGAUGAGACUGGUAAAGCGAGUAUGGUGGAUGUCGGAUUAAAAAAUGAUAGUAAACGCGUAGCGAUAGCAAGGGGAUUCGUGAGAAUCGGUCCUGUCAUCAGUAAUUUAAUCGCGGAAAAUAAUGUAAAGAAGGGCGAUGUGUUAUCAGUGGCUCAAUUGGCUGGUAUUAUGGCAGCGAAACGUACCUCUGAUCUAAUACCUCUGUGUCAUCCGCUUUCCUUGUCUUAUGUAAACGUACGCUUAAAAUUGAAUGAGGAAUCGCACAGAGUCGAAAUCACAUCGGAGGUUAGAUGUUCCGGCAAAACCGGGGUCGAAAUGGAAGCUUUAACCGCUGUGAGUAUAGCGGCUCUAACAAUCUAUGAUAUGUGCAAAUACGCAGCUAGUCCUGGCACAAUGGAAAUAUAUGGUAUAGAAUUGGUGUCGAAAAUGGGUGGUACAAAAGGUGAUUUUACAAUACAUAAAACGUAGACCGAUAUCUUUGUCUUGACGAUAGCAUGAAUUAUUAUUGACAGGAAGAUUUUUAUUCUGCUGUGAAUAAUUAAAUAAUAUAGAAUUGUACAAUUAGUACAAUUUUAUAUGUAUCAUUCAACUUGGAAUUUUACAAAGAUUCAAAUAUGUCUAAAGAAAGAUCGUUAAUGUGUUUAGAUUACUUGCAAUAUUUAUCAUAUGCAUAAAAUUAUUAAAAUUUUAUAUGGUAAGAAGGAAUAAUUAUAUUUUACGUAUAUAUGUAUAUAUAAUGUCAAUGAAAGCAUUAUUACAUCUUGCAUACUGUCAAUUUUCAAUUCGAAUAUUUUUAUAAUUGUAUAUCUAUGAUUAAUCAAAAUAUAUUUGUUUAAAUAAAAAGGAUAAUUUAUCACACAAAUAUUAUGUAUGACAUGUUAGAAACAUGUAAACAAUUCAUACGCAUUGUCGUGAAAGCCGCAGAAGAGAAAUUAGGAGCAGAGUAUAAUAAGAGAGAAUAAAACACAAUGGUGCUUGUAUUGUUGUACCUG